AUGCCCACAGCAACAGCGACCACCGUGGCUUCCCCAGUAAUACCCUUGAAAGCCUCUCACCAUGCACCGGCCACCUCAUCUUCGACAGCAACCACCCUCCGCUCUCUUUAUCCCCGCGCCGCUCGAGCAUUCCUUCAACGCGACAUCUUACUGACACACUCUCUGCUUGCCUCUGCAUUUGCUCUCAUUCACCCGCCUGCCUCCGUCGGCACUCAGAACGACGCGCUCGCAUCUGCUCGGCGGAAAUGGGACAUUCUCAGAAUCACGUUUGAGACUACCCUCUUCUCGUCUCCACCCUCCUCCCAAGACCCCGAGCAUCUACCGUCUGCGCUCAAGGCGAACCUCACGCUGUCUCCUGAGUCUCUCAUCACGACGUUGCACGCUCGGUCCCUGCAACUCUUCACUCCAAGUGACCAUGCCCAGCGACCCUCAUCUGCAUUCCUCCCGGCACAGAUCCUUGUCACCCUCGUCUUGGCUAGCCUUAAGCUCGACAGCACUGAGGUGGGGCGUGGGAUGAUAGAAGACUGGCUCGCGAAGCAGGGUCAGGAGACAGACGGGGAUGACCCGAAGGGAUACGCCAAGGUGCUAGAGCUGUACUGCCUCCACGUGCUUCCGCGACUACAAGACUGGGAGUAUGCUGAGGACUUCCUCACGUACGAGAGGGAUCUUCCGGGCGAUGUCCGUCAGCAAUAUGUACAGUCAUUGCGCCAGCUCCGAGCUCAGGCAGCGACCGCCUCCCGCGUUCAAGUCACCCUGCCCAGUCCCUCAUCCUCAUCCGCCUCUACACCGUCCCGCUCGCCCUCCCCCGCGCAAUCCGACUCCUCCGCGUCUUCCUCCUCGACGCACACAGCCACCCCCACCACAAACGGCCGCGUCUCUGGCCUAGCCCCGCUCACCCCAUCUCAUACCCCCACUCCAAAACCCGGCGACACUUUGCACCCCUACACCCCACCCCACUCGGCUUCCUCCUCCAGCAUCGCCAGCACCGCGACCUCCCGCACCGUAACGCCGCACAACGCCGACCGCUCGCGUGAGCGCGAGCGCGCGAAGGCGGGCAAGACGCGGCGUCCCGCGAACGGGCACGGACACACGAACGGCCACGCCAAUCCAGCCGUGAACGCGAAAUCACGCUCUCGCUCGCACUCGACGACUCCAGCUGGGUCCUCCGCGUCCGUUGUGCGGCGGACGCCCUUCGGGCCGCCCAUCGCGGAGAGCCCGGCGCGGCCCCCGUCGACGCUCGCGCUCGUUCGCGCGUCCCUCGGGAGCCUGCUCCAGGGCACGUCGCGCUCGCGGAUGGUGCUGUAUGCGGUGCUCUUCGUUGUCGUCCCGCUUGUUUCUUUCGUGCUCCGGCUCCGGCGGAGACGCGCGGGGGCAGGGGCGCCUGCGUCUGCAGGGAGCGGCAGCGGCAGCACUGUGGACGCGGUGCGGAGGCGGCUGCGCGGAGUCGAUGGGCAGGGGAACGUCGUUGGGAGGUUGUGGGAGGAGGUCGCGAGGGCCGUCUUGGACACGGUGAGGAUGGCAGGGCGGGGGCUGGUGUAGGUGGAGUUGAGUGCGUGGCGGGUGGCAGAGAUGCUCGUUAGUCGCAUCGUGGCAGUACCGCGUUCCCUGUUCUUCACUGUUCGCCGUUGUUGACUAUGCAUUUCCUGGUAAUCUAGAGCCGAUUGUGUUGCCGCGUUGAAUCUACUGUAGUCGCGAUACCGUCUGCAUCCAGUGCGAAGGACCUGGGCCGAAUUCUCGUCUCGUAUUCAUUUGUUAAGGUCGCG